GAAACACACAAACUGAGAAAGACAUAAAUUGCUUUCCAUCCAACUAAUAUCAUGAGUUUCUAUUCACAAUACGGAAGUUACUGAUAGUAUAAAGGUUUGUCAGGUGUAACAUCGGACCAAACACUGCAGACUCAGCAGGAGAACCACCGCACAAACUGAGAAAGGAGCGCAAAGAGCUUUCCAUCCAACUAACAUCAUGAGCAACACACCGGGAGAUGUAUUGAAAGAGAAGCUCGAUCAACUGCAGUGUCACUUCACAUGGAGACCACAGAAGGAAACUAUUGACUUGGAAGAUCUGAUGCACAGAUUGCAAGAUUCUAUCGAUAUGAAUAUGAAGUAUAAAGAUCAGGCCUACAACCAAUUUGCCUUUUUAAAUUGUCUGCAGGGCAAUUGUGGGGAAGCAAUUCAAAAUUUAAAGGAAGCUGAAAAAAUUCUGAGGGAGAACCACAAAGAUGAAUUUGAAAGAAGAAGCAUCAUCAUCUAUGGAAACUUUGCCUGGGUGCAUUACCACAUGGAGCAGCUGACCGAGGCCCAGUCCUACCUGGACAAGCUGGAGAGGAUCUGUAAACGGCUCAGUGAUGGCCCUCGCUAUACAGCAAUGAUCCCUGAGGUGUACGGGGAGAAGGGAUGGUCAUUGUUGAGUUCUGCUGCUGAAUACUAUGAGGAGGCAAAGGAAUGUUUUGCAAAGGCUCUGGAACAAGAUCCUAACAACACCGAGUGGAUAAUGGGAUAUGCGACUGUACUGUCUCGUUUGGAAUCACUUUCUGGAACCCCAGAGAGUCGUGAUCAGAGUCAGUCAGUGAAGUAUUUCCGACGAGUACUGGAGCUUGAUCCAGAUGAUGCUGUGGCCAUGGUGCUGUUGGCUCUAAAACUACAGAGGCUAAGGCAAAAUGAGGAAGCGAAUGAAUUCGUUGAACAAGCAUUGCAGAAGACCUCUGAUCUUCCAUAUGUGCUUCGUUAUGCUGCAAAAUAUUAUAGACAAAAAGGAUCUGUGGAGAAAGCAAUCAGGCUCCUGAAACAAGCAUUAGAAUUAAUUCCACACUCUUGUUUCUUACAUCACCAACUUGGAUUGUGCUACAGAAGUAAGCUGAAAUACUCUCGUAGCAGAUAUCCUCGCAAUCCUGAAUUUCAGCAGAAAGCUGAGUUGAUCAAUCUAUGCAAGUAUCACUUUGAAAAGUCGUUUGAGCAGCGUUUAAGGUCAGCUAUUAAACCACAACUGGACUUUGCUCACAUCUGCAUAACAAGUGGGGAGUAUUCCAGAGCAGAGUCGGUUUACCGUAGAUUGGUGGAGUUAGUGGACAUUCGACCAGAAAAUAUGCAGAGCAUAUGUCUGGAAGCUGGGUUAUUUGAACUGCACCAGAAAAAAUCUGAAACAAAUGCUGUUUGUCUCUUCCUGAAAGGAGUGAAAAUUGAAUAUAACUCAAGAGAACGGAAAGAAUGUCGCAUGAAUUUGGAGGAAUGGGCAGAUAGGAAACUUCGUGUAAAUGCACAUGACAGCGAGGCUCUUGGUAUCAAAGCAUUUCUGUAUCAGCUGGAUGGGAACCAGAGUAAAGCAGCUGAAUACUUUGAGAAGGCCUUGGAGUCUGAUCCUGGCAAUGAGGAAUUUGUGAAUGCUCUUUCUCAAUUACACAUCUGAGCACCACGAGGAUGUUUAAAAGAUGUAUUUCCAUCUCUGAUCUGAGGAUAGGUUUUGUGGGGUGUUGCUUUACUAUUAUUGUGCUUCUUUUAAAAAUAUUAUUUCCUCAAGUACCCUGAGCAAACUGAAUUUAGUUGUGCAUCUCUGGACUCUGGAAUGAUGGGAUUUGGGAUACUGCAGCAAGUGGAGUAAAAUAAGAAAUCAAACAUUUUUUCACAUUGGUUUGUUUGACCUUUUAACCAUUCAAUGUAUUUUACUUUUCACGUGUAUUUUGAUGCAUUGGCGGAACUCUGGAAUGAUUUUUCAAGUGCGGUUGUAUCUUAAGAAUCACUGUAAAAUGUACUCUUUAGAUAUGUCUGGUAAUUAAAGCUUCAAAGCCGAGGUUGGUCCUGUCUUGACACAAUCAAAGGAACACAAGCAACAAAUUCUUAACAGCAUGAUUCCAACUUGCUGAAUGUGGUGGAGGAAUUGUUUGGAAGGGGAAUGACUGGCGAGUGGCAGUGGAGGGGUUUUGGGAAUAAUUCAUGGAAUUUCAAAAACAUAAUAUUUUUAACAAAAAAAAGGAUUAGAUUUUUCAUUCAUCAUUAACAACCAAAGACAAUGUGACUGCAACACUCCAAACAAGAUUGUGUGUGCCAAUGGACUCAUAAUGUAAUAAGAAGAUGGAAUGGUAUAGUGCAAGGAUCAUGCCUAUGAUAUCAUGAUAGCCAAAAGACUUUCCUGUGAUAUACAUCGGCUUGGCUGCUGACAAGGUGCUAACCCUGUAAUUAGACAAUGGAAAUCAGAUAUGCUUAUAGACUAAGUGAGCUAUUGUUCCAUAAAAUUUGCAAGGUUGGGGAAGAAUGAGAAGGGAGAUGAAGAAAAGAGAGCAUAUGACCACCAGCUCAGGAUCAAUCAACCGCAAUUUCAAAGAGAGAAGGUGUCAUCACCAAUUAACUGGACACUUGUUUCUCAGUCAACACGGUAGCAUAGCAGUUACCACAAUGCUACUACAGCUCAGGCAUCGAAGUUCAGGGUUUCAUUCUGAUGCCAUCUGGAAGGAGUUUUUCUGUUUCUCCUCGUGAGUACAUCAGUUUCCUCUGGGUGAUCCGCAGUUCCCCCAACAUUCCAAAGUCAAACCUGUUAGUAGGGUGAUUUGUCAUUGUAAACUGUCCUGAUAUUAGGCUAGGGUUAUAUAGGUGGGUUCUCGGUGGUGAGUCUCAUUGGGCCAGUAGGGGAUGUUCCAUGCU